CCAAUAUUCGUCAACUCUCAACUGUGGAGCAAAGACGACGCAAAGAAGGAGAAAGGAAGACAGCAGACAGACAAGAAGCAAUAAGUGUGACGCUGAGGAGGGCAUGGAGAGGCCGAGAGCAUCGCGCUCACAACGCAAGGAAGUGAAGAUUGGAGGUGUUGAGGUAGGGACAUCAGCGCCAGCAAACAGUGGUGGUAUUGAAAGCACAGCCAACACGAACGCAGCGACAGCAGCAGCAAGUGCUGGGCAGCAGCGCAGAUUACAACAGUCGAAACGUGCAGCAGGAGGCAAGAAGAUGGCACCGCCGAGAACAUUUUCGGGUCAGGGGCGAAACAAGACGCUCGCCGUCGCGGAGAGGGUGCGCAAGGCUGUUGACGGGCACCUGGAUGCAGCAGAUAAAGCCAUGGAGCUUGCCGCAAAAGCAAGAUCAAGGCUCAAACAUUCCAUCGAGGUGAAGGCUGCGUUGAGAGAUGUAACGGCCGUCAAGGGCGAAUCCAAGGCCACCCAAGCGACGGACACAAGCAGCGGCGAUGCACAGUUCCUGAAGGAUCUCGUGCACGAGAAUCGUGAGCUGCAUGCGUUUGUGGGUGAAAUGAAGACGACAAUGCAAGUGGUGGUGGACCAUCGUCGAAAGCAGAUUGACGAGCUGCUGCGCAUCCAAGAUGAAGCGCGUGCCGACGCCGCCAGGACGAAGCAGGAGGCCGAUGACAAGGUCGCAGCCCUCGAAAAGGAGGUGACCCGCCUGAACGCCAAGAUUGAGGAAAUGCAGCAGGUGAUGUGUGCCGCGGUUGAGGCGGAUGCAGGGACGAGCGUGGAUGCGCUCGCACAAGAGAUUGCGCGUGUGGAAACGGAGAACAGCCAACUGCGCGAGCUGCUGUUGGUGUGUGACACAUCCAUCGCACCAGAGGGGGUGCACCCGCGCAGCGGUGGUGAUGGUGGUGAUGGUGGUGAUGGUGGUGAUGGUGGUGAUGGUGGUGAUGGUGGUGGUGAGACGGACAGUAAUGAGGAUGGUGCGGAAGGGAAGAGCGAAGAGGAAUGAGACUUGGGCGUGACAUGAGGGAGGUGCAUAUGUGCACCAUUGCAUCUUGACGCUGUGGAUUUGGUUGCCAUUGUCCUGUCUGCUCUGAUGAUUUGUUACGUUAUGUUACAGCGAAGCAUGAAUGUGUUGACUGUUUGGGGGGUUUUUGGUUGAGCUUUCCGUCGCAUUUGUUGUUGCAUUCCUCUCUUCUUCUUGGUCUUGAUAACGAAAUGUACAAUACACAUAGAAGCCAAUCAUCCCGC